AGUACACAAUACACACAACGUGAUAUGAUUUGUACUAUAUAAAAGUCUAUGCAGCCCCAAACCGAACGCAGCUUCACUCAUCGCAACAAUGGCGUUCAACAUCAACAGUCUCCUCCUCUUCCUUUCCCUCUCCCUCUUGCUCACUCUCGCUUUCUCUGACGACCCCGAUUGUGUUUACACGGUUUACGUUAGGACCGGGUCGAUCAUCAAGGGUGGGACGGACUCCAACAUCAACGUGAGACUCUACGACGGCUACGGCUACGGGAUCGAGAUCCGGAACCUCGAAGCCUGGGGAGGGUUGAUGGGAUCCGACUACGACUACUUCGAGAGAGGCAAUCUCGACAUUUUCAGCGGCCGCGGACCCUGCCUCACAGCCCCUAUCUGCGCUCUCAACCUCACCUCCGACGGCGCCGGCUCCGGCCACGGCUGGUACGUCAACUAUGUCGAGGUGACGUCCACCGGGGCCCAUAUACCUUGCCACCAGCAGCUGUUCACGAUCGAGCAGUGGCUCGCCACCGAUACGGCCCCGUACGAGCUUACCGCGAUCAGGAACUACUGCAACAAUAACGACGCCGUCGAUGAGAAGAUCCGGUCCGGCUCGAGUGGUUUGGUUUCAUCUGUUUAGUGUCCGGAAAAUGAGCAUGCUUGUUAUUAUGGUAAGGAUUAGUUAGUGCUUGAGUUAGAGCAUAAUCUGACUGUUGUGCUUGUUAUCGGAAUCCAUGGUUAUCCAGUUGAGCGGUUAUGUACAAGUAUUAAGGCUUUGUUUGGCUUAAUAAAUUAUGGGCUUUUUCAUUAUUGUA